AUGAUGUUCGGGCUGGAGCAGUUUGAGCCGCAGAUCAAUAGCAGAAGCAGCAGCAGCAGCGCCGCCGCCGGCCAAGGAGAAAGGAACUUCGCUCAGCCCGGGCUCAGCAUGAGCGGCCACUUCAAGAGCGCUGCCUUCCAGUCCGGAGCUGUGGAUCCUGCCAUGGGUGCCCUGGGAGAGCCUGCCAUGCUGGCCAUGAACCUCAACCUCAAUGGUGAGCCUUAUGGAUACCAUGCCAGGGGACACUCGGACCUUCACCCUGGUGGUGGCAUGCAGCCUGUCCAUGGUUUCUUCAACAACCAGCCUCCUCAUCACCAUCACAGCCACCCCAACCCUCACCAGCAUCACCCCCACUUCCCUGCCAACUUUGCUGGGCCCGAGGCCACAGCCUCCUGUCUGCACGGUGGCCGGCUCAUGGCUUAUAACAACAACCUUGGCAACCAGCAAGGCUUCGGGGAAGGCUACGAACAGAUGCCCGAGGGCCAACCUUCCGGAGAGGGCUUUGGACAGCAAAGAUCGGGCAAUCUACCCGAGUUCCAGCACCCCAACUCCACCGCCUCCAACCACGCCGUCCCGGCUCCUUGCCUUCCCCUUGACCAGUCUCCCAACCGCGCUGCCUCUUUCCAUGGGCUUCCUGCGUCCACUUCUUCGGAUUCUCACAACCUGGAACAAAGAAGGAUCCACAACCAAGGAGGCGUCGAUCCUCUGGAAUACAAUUAUCCCAGCGACGGCCCGUCCGGACACUUUGAGGUACCUGUGUUUUCUCCUUCUGAGUCCGAGGGUCAUUACGGUGCUGGUCGGCAGGUCCCCAACAGCGCCUUCCCCAGUGCUUCUGUUUUGCCUAGACCUCCCGGCAUGGUGGGCAUGUCCAAAGUUCACCCACAACAGCAGCAACAGCAGCAGCACGGGGUAUUCUUUGAGAGGUUUGGAGGUGCUCGUAAGAUACCCGUGGGCAUGGAGCCUGCAGUCAACGCCAGACACCCCCUCCUGCAGCAGCAGCAACAGCAGCAGCAGCAACAGACAGGUUUGAUUGCCAGACAAAACUCAUGCCCGCCAGCGAUUGCCAGGCAGCAGCAAACUGAAGGCAAUGCCUCUAACCCAAACUUGCCGGACAAUGGACCAGUAAUGCAGAGCCAGCAUUCGCAAUUUGAGUACCCCAUCCAGAGACUAGAGAAUAGAAAUAUGCAUCCCUAUUCUGAGUCCAUGUUCAAUAUGCAGCAGGGACCUCCACAGCAACCUCCAAAUCAAAGAUUGCAACACUUUGAUGCCCCAUAUAUGAAUGUCACCAAAAGGCCCAGGUUUGACUUUUCAAAUAAUCACGGGGUUGAGAACUGUGCUGCCUGGAGUAACAACAGCAUUCACAAUGCCGGCAUUGACAGUCAUCUUUCUCCCUCCACCUACCCUGGCCUCCCAGGGGAAUACCCUCCUCAAGUGCCAGACAGCUUCCCCCCUGGCCCAGCUCUACAGCACCCAGGCUCGGAUCACCAGUCCAUGCAACAGAGACAGAACGCUGCAAUGAUGAUUAAACAAAUGGCUUCCAGAAACCAACAGCAAAGAAUGAGACAAGCUAAUCUGCAGCAAUUGGGCCAUCAUGGCGAUGUUAAUCAAAGCGGCAUUGUCCAUGGAGGUCAAGUGGGGAGUAUUCCACCGCCUAACUUUGAUCGUGAAGGGGGGAGGAUUGGUAACUUUGAUCCUCAGAAUCCACAUGUAGGCCAGGAAAAUGCUUGGUUUCCUGGACCUCACCCACCAGGUGACAUUUUGCAAAGGAGGAUGGCUGGGUCAAAUCUCCCUACAGAUCCUACAUCCCAUGAUAUUAAUUUACAACAAAAUGGAUCAAACAUGCUUUUUAGGCCGGGUGUUAACAGAAUGGGUAUGCAAGAGCCGCUGGGGCUACCAGGAGAAGGACAUGUUUCUGCCUUACACUCUCCGGGUAUGCACUCUCAGUAUGGAAACAACAUGGCUAACCUUUCCCAAAUGCAAUCACCAGGCGGUGGGGUGGGCAUGAACAGUACCCCAGCUGACAGAAGGGGCGCUCCAGACUUUGCAGCACCAGCUAUAGGCCAACAGUCAGGAUUCCCAUUUGUUGGAUCAAAUAGACAGACGACGCCUCAUAACCCACCUGGUGUAAAUUCAUCCCCGAGUUCAUACCCACCACAAUCUGAUUUUCAAGCUAGCCAGCGCUCAACAGCCAGCAAAUUGGGGGCACUUUCCCUUGGUUCAUUCAGUAAGGCUAAUGCAAAGGAAAACAUGUUUGGACAAAGUUGCUUAGCUGCCCUUUCUACAGCUUGUCAGAAUAUGAUUGCUAGCUUAGGUGCACCAAACCUCAAUGUGACAUUUAAUAAAAAAAGCCAAGCAGAGGGAAAGAGAAAAUUGAGCCAAACAGAGACUGAGCUGAAUGGCAACAGUGGGAAUAGCUCUACUUCUGAUUAUUUCUCUGGGGGCUCUUCUCAAGGCAAUCAGGGUCCUGGUGCUACAACUAAUAACAGUAAAUCUACAGGGCAGAGUGGGACAUCGCAACCCACACAGGGAGAAACUAGUCUUUCCCCAAACUACAAUAUUGAAGUCACUCCUGGCAAUGAUGGCAAACCAGUGACUGGUGGUGGACGAGGGAGGGGUCGCAGAAAAAGAGACAGUGGACAUGUAAGCCCAGGUAACUACUUUGAUAAGUAUUCUGCAGACAGUGGGGGUGCAGUUGUAAGCCCAGGGCAGCAGGGCCAAACUGUCAAUCCGGUAGAACCUGGUGGGACUCCCCAUGACAAGCCCCUGACCUCUCCGUCUUGGGGGAAAGGUAACGAGCUGCUUCUGAGCGACCAACCUGACCUCAUGUCAUCUUUGGACAGUGGAAUUCAAAGUGUGACUAAAUCAGAUAGUAGCUCACCUCAUGUUGACUUCUCCGAAGAUGUCAACACCACUUAUGGUAAUGAAGAUGAAGUUUCUUCUAGUUCAGAUAAUAACAUAUCAAAACCCAAUAACUGUCCUUUGGUAACAGGGUCUCCAAAAAUUCAGCGGAGUGAACACGGACUUCUUAAUGGACAAAAACCAAUGGGUCUAAAUUUACUAAAUAACACUACCUCUCUCCCGGACAGUUAUGGGUUGAGCAGUACUGGGGCUGGCCACCCUGGCACCCCAGGGAUGGAACAGGUCCGCACUCCUACUAGCACAUCGACCCAGGAUGAGAUUCACCCUUUAGAGAUACUCCAAGCACAGAUACAGCUUCAGAGACAGCAGUUCAGCAUUUCUGAAGACCAGCCCUUGGGGAUGAAAAAUAAAAAAAGUGACUGUACUGCUCAAAAUGUGGACAGUGAAUUGAACAGUUGUUGCUCUGACAAUGUCAAAAAUUCUAUGAGUACGAUAGACCUUGACUCUCUCAUGGCAGAGCAUAAUUCUACCUGGUACCUGCCUAAUGAGAAAUCAUUGAUGGAGGGAGAGGAAGACGACAAGUCUAUCACACCUUGGGAAAAAUCAAAGAGCCAACAAACCAACAAAGAA